AAAUGUAAUUUCCAAUAAAAAACAUAAACCAUGGCUAGUUUCGUCUUCAUCGUACUCGGAGGUCACACAGAGCUAAAAGAUGGGAGGAGAAAUGGAGAAGAUGGUGGCGGUAGGCCUUGUUUGGGGAGCCACAAACGCCUUGAUGAGAAAAGGCGCACUUAAAUGGGACGAGAAGCUCAGAUCUUCCAGCCAUCCAGACACGCCGCAACACCCAGUCCUCAAAACCCUCAACAACUGGUUCAACCUGCUAUUGACUUGGCAGUACUCUCUCCCAUUCCUCCUCAACCUUUCCGCUUCGGCAGCUUUCUUCGCAAUCCUCAGCGACACGCCCAUUUCUGUAGCUGUUCCAGUCACCAAUGGGACGACGUUUGCCGCCACCGCCGUGUUUGGGAUGCUUCUCGGAGAAGAGACCCGGGUCGGGUUUGCUCUGUUUGUCUGGUUCUUGAUUGAAGUGGGAAAAUUAUGCUAAAAUUUUGUGAAAUUUUAUAUUGCUAUGAGAAAUGGAUGUUGUUAAGUAACAAAGACUGGGUUCUUGGUGAUUAUUGAGCAUUAACAUGAACACAUUACUUUGCACUAUUCUGGUCUAUGAUAUUCCUCGGAGUCUAGGAUAGAUUAUUCACAAUUGAGGAGCAUAAGUUGAUUGGUUGGAACCAAAAGGUUCUGUUUCGAUAUUACCUAGUAGAAAGAGAUUCCUGAGUAAUAGAUAUAGGUUUGUAAUGGGGUUCUUGCCUAAAAGACGGUUAUGGAGGCUGAUUGAUUGGCAGAAGGAAAGAGGGCUACACUAAGCGUGUUGUUUAAUUGGUACUUGAGUGAAUGAAACAGCCAGGUUCUCGUGGCUCGUUGAGUAUAUUUCUCCGGCUUGCUGCUUGCCCUUGUGAUUGCUUAGUUGUGCGCUUGCACUUAUACUGCAAUUUUAACAAGGGCUAUUGGAAGAUUGAGUUUGUUAGUCACACACCGAUCUUCUCUUUUUAGUUCUUUGAGACACAAUUUUAUAAUGGAAAUGAUACAAAUGUAUGAUCAAAUAAUGUUUGUGAUUGGUGUUGUCUGAUUUGUCAUAUUUAGUCUUAACUCUUGUA